AAAAUUUAAAAAGGCUGGAUGUGUAUUAAGGUUUAUAUAUCCAAAACAAAAAAGAACAAUGAUUUCCUUAGCAUCUCUCACUCUUAUUUCUAUCUUUUCGUAUACACUUGUUAUAUUUCCAACUACUUUUGCUACCAUCACUGGUUCCCAUUUAGGAAAUGAGAGCGAUCAUAUGGCGUUGUUGUCAUUCAAGUCAUUCAUCGGUGAUCCAUAUGGAGCUCUAGCCUCAUGGAACUCUUCCUCUCAUUUUUGUAAAUGGGGUGGUGUUUCAUGUGGGAAGCAUCAUAAAAGAGUGACUGUGAUACAACUUGAGUCGGAAGGCCUACAAGGCUCAUUGUCUCCUCAUGUAGGAAACUUGAGCUUCCUUCGGAUGUUAUCACUGGGGAACAACAGCUUUGAAGGAACCAUCCCUCAUGAGCUUGGUCGUCUUUCGAGACUACGUAUUCUUUAUUUGUACCAAAACAAAUUCAAUGGAGUCAUUCCUAUUAACUUGUCUAGUUGUUAUAACCUUAAAUUCCUUUCUCUUGCUAGAAAUAAGUUAGUUGGAAGCAUACCCGUGGAGAUCAGUUUCCUCUCCAAACUCAUUUUUCUUUCAUUCAACUAUAAUAACUUAACCGGAGGAUUUCCUCCUUUCUUGGGGAAUUUGACAUUAAUGAAAGAAUUCCAGGCGAUCAAAAAUCCAUUGGGUGGGAGAAUUCCACACACCUUAGGCCGGUGGAAAAGCUUAAGGAUAUUCAACGCAGGCGAAUGUAACUUACAUGGAACCAUCCCUCACUCCAUCUAUAACCUCUCGCUCCUAACUAAUUUUUCUUUGGCUGUGAAUCAGCUUACGGGUACACUUCCUCCGACAACUGGAUCAAUGCUCCUAAAUCUUCGAAGGCUUGUUCUACGAGAUAAUCAAUUGUCCGGUCUUCUUCCCAUGUCAAUAUCUAACUGUUCGAGAUUAGAUCAUCUUGAAAUGAGUGAUAACAAUUUUAGUGGGAAGUUGAUGAUUGACUUUGCAAACCUAAAAGAUAUUUCUUAUAUAGCUUUGAUGAAUAACGACUUCAACGGAGGUGGAGCAGAUGAGCUGAAGUUUUCAAUUGAUUCUAUGGGAAACUGUACCAAAUUAGAGAAAUUGGGUAUUGGUAAUUGUAACAUUGAAGGAGUGGUCCCCACAACAAUAGGUUUGGUCUAUGCAUGGUUUAAAAAGAAAAAGAAUGGCCAACAGUCUCAAUCAUCCACGAACGAAAGGUUCUUAAAAGUUUCAUACGAUCAAAUUCUCAAGGCUACUGAUGGCUUCUCUCAAGCGAAUUUGAUUGGCCAGGGUGGCUCAUGCUCAGUCUAUAAGGGAAUCCUCGAUCAUGAUCCCAAAUUUGUUGCUGUGAAAGUUCUACACCUUCAAAUCCGGGGAGCUCACAAAAGCUUUAUAACGGAGUGUGAAGCAUGGAGAAGUAUUCGACAUCGAAAUUUGUUGAAGAUAAUAACAUCGUGUUCAAGCAUUGACUUUCAAGGAAACGAUUUCAAAGCAUUGGUAUAUGAGUUCAUGCCCAACGGGAGCUUACAUGAUUGGUUGCAUUCAAAUGCAAAUACGUCUAGACUAAACCUAUUUCAAAGAAUCAAUAUUCUCAUCGAUAUUGCAUCUGCACUUGAUUAUCUCCAUAACCAAUGUUUACCAACUAUUGUUCAUGGAGAUAUAAAGCCUAGUAACAUUCUGCUCGAUAAUGAUAUGGUGGCCCAUGUUGGAGACUUUGGUUUGGCUAAAUUUCUUGGAAUAAACUCAAACCAAAACAACUCGACUGGGGUUAAAGGAACAAUUGGAUAUGCACCUCCUGAGUAUGGUUUGGGGAGUAAGAUGACAAGCAGCGGGGAUGUUUAUAGCUUUGGAAUAUUAUUGCUGGAGGUUAUGACUGGGAAAAAGCCGACAGAUGACAUAUUCAACGAAGACCUUAGCCUUCAUAAAUUUGCUUAUGUGGCCUUGCUAGACCAAAUAAUCGAUAUUAUUGAUAGUGAUGUUGUUGUCAUGCAAAAUACCGAAGCAAAUGCAGUAAAAAUGGAAGAGUGUUUGACUUCAACCAUUAGGAUUGGAGUAUCAUGCUCUAUAGAAUCCCCAUCACAGCGGAUGAAUAUCAGCAAUGUUCUCCACGAGUUGUUGCAUGUUCGGGGUUCCCUCCAAAAUCUUGAGGUCUAACGCCAACCUUACAUGGCAGAGUUCAAAGUAGCUCCAAUAAGAAGUGGCAUAUGUUAUGGUUAAAUACCUAUUACUUUGUUAUGUGUAUUAAAAAGUGUUGUUUAACUAUAUUAAAUUAAUUAGAUAUAUGUGUUGUUUGUCA